UGUCUAUAUUCUGAAUAAAAACAAAAGCUUAACCAUCGGUACGAAACCUGGAGGUCAUUAUAUUAUUACAAUACAAAUCUAAAUUCAAAUCUAGGUUUAACUCUAAGUUGAAAUCUAAGUUGAAAUCUAAACUGAGGUACAAUUAAAACACAAUUAAAAAUAAAAUUUAAAUUUAAAGUAAUAUUUUGUAAUGAAAAUGUGCAGUGAGCAGGUGAGUAACCCUGGUGAGGAACUGUUUGCAUUGGCUAAUUUUUCCAUUUUUCAGUAUCCAUAUUUCUCUACUUCUCUAAUCCACCAAUUCACUAAUUCACCAAUCCUCUAUUCAUCUAAUCGAUUAUUCCUCAAUUUCCCGAUUUCUCAAUAUUUUGAUUUCCUGAUAUUUUGAUUUUCCAAUUUUCCAAUUUCCUAAUCUCUACUUGAAUAACACCUCAAUCUGGUUAUAAUAUAUGAUUCGAGUAAUUUUACUCAAUCCACUACAGCAGCCGUUGUUGCUGGAAGUGGAUGCUAUGG